CCCCCUUUCCCCGCCACAGCGGCGCCCAUUGUUAUGCGCCUAUCCACCUUUCUUGAUCAACGUGGUGGCAAAGAGUGGAAAACGUGCCUCCGUGAGCCGGAUUUCAGCUAAAAUAGAGCAGGUAGUUGUGUUUUCAGCAUGAACACGAAGGAUUCUUUACAGCUUCGAGGUACUCUCAGAGGACACAAUGGCUGGGUCACCCAAAUUGUCACUGAUCCCAAACAUCCAGACAAGAUUCUUUCAUGCUCCAGAGAUAAGACUUUGAUUGUCUGGGAAUUGACGAGGGAUGAAAGUAACUUUGGUAUCCCCAAGAAACGUUUACAUGGACACUCUCACUUCAUCAGUGAUGUUGUACUAUCUUCUGACGGAAACUAUGCACUCUCUGGCUCAUGGGAUAAGACCCUGCGUCUGUGGGAUUUGAAUGUUGGACAGUCAACAAGGAGGUUCGAAGGACACACAAAGGAUGUGUUGAGUGUAGCUUUCUCUGCUGAUAACCGACAGAUUGUAUCUGGAAGCCGAGACAAAACCAUCAAGCUGUGGAACACACUUGCUGAGUGCAAAUAUACUAUCCAGGAUGAAGGUCACAGUGACUGGGUCUCUUGUGUUCGUUUCUCUCCAAAUCAAGCUAAUCCCAUCAUUGUGUCUGCUGGUUGGGACAAAAUGGUUAAGGUUUGGAACUUGACAAACUGCAAGCUGAAGAUUAACCACCACGGACAUCAUGGAUACUUGAACACAGUCACCGUUUCUCCUGACGGUUCAUUGUGUGCAUCUGGAGGAAAAGACACAAAAGCUAUGUUGUGGGAUCUGAAUGACGGCAAACACUUGCACACAUCUGACCACAGUGAAAUCAUCUCUGCCCUCUGCUUCUCACCGAACCGUUACUGGCUCUGUGCUGCUUUCGGUCCAUCCAUCAAAGUUUGGGAUCUUGAAUCUAAGGUAUCAAUUGACGAAAUGAAACCCGAGCCUGUUUCAUCAACACCAACCAAGGCUGAACCUCCACAGUGCUUAUCGUUAGCAUGGUCUACUGACGGUCAAACUUUAUACGCUGGUUAUUCAGACAAUGUAAUUAGGGUUUGGCAAGUUGUUAGUCAUGCUGUUCAUAAGUAAAAUUUCCUUGUUUUAAUAUUUUAUAAUAAAUUUUCUUUUUUUUUAAACACCAAA